AUGUCUCGAGCAACUAAGACUUUAGAUAAUAGUAAAAAAUCGGCCAAUAAGAGAGGGGAAGACCUUAUUAUUAGACGAUUUUUAAGUGAGUUACUAAGGACAAAAUCAAAUAAGCAACCUGAAGAUGAUUAUAAUUAUGACUCUGUGGAUAAUAUUACUAACAGUAUGGCCGGCAUGACACUAAAUAGUGCCACAAUAGAUGCUAUUAAUUCUGCUGUUAGAAGUGCUGUUAAGAAAUGUACCAAAUUCUGGUCUCAUUGCGUUCAAACAGAUAGUGGCUCCUAUGGAGCGUGCCUCCGGUCAAAAUGA